AUGGAAGACGAAGACGCCACGUCGGAAAGAAGAACAACUGUGGACCAUCGACAAGGAUCGUCGGCUCUGAUGAGGAAGAAGACGUUGAAACAGAAAGCAAGUGGAGCGAACUACCUCCUCUUGGGUUGUUCUGUCAGACAGGCUGUUUCGGAACCAUCGCUGGAUAAGAACAGCGAAAAGCAGAACUCUGAAAAUAUCGCCGGUGUAUGGUGGCGUGUAGAUAACGCUGAUUCCAGUCACGUUGAUGAGGGAUGGCCUGAGGAAGUCACAGCUCAAGAGCCUUCCUUCGCUUCCGCGGACAGCCUCGAAAGCCUCGUUGAUUCGGGCUAUAGUGGAAGUAGUGGAAUCGUGGAGAAUUAG